GUAUUAAGGUUAGUUAGUAUAAUACAACUUGUGGAAAUUCUUGAAGAAGCCUUGUUGCUUUUUACGUCCUAAAACAAUCUGUUCAAAUUUCUUUUAAUACAUGGCGCAAAAGUGAGAUUUUUUAGUUGUAGAGUGUUUUUCAACUUCGUUCCCAGGCCAUGUUACUCUUUUGAAAAAAUUAACUAUCCGUGUCAAUAGAUCCUGGGGACAAAGAUGUUGUUUAUUACAGCUUUUAUUUCAAGGUUUUUGGAUUGUUGCCAGACCCACUACUAGCUGUUAUAAUAUCUAGUCGUGGUAGAAACUGGACUAUCUAAAUACGUAAAACCUCGUUCCCCGACUUCUAAUGUAUUUGUUUAUUAACAGUACUGCUAAAAUAUAUUUGUCAACCUCGUCCCCAGGACAUCUUGUAUCUUUUUUCGCCGUUCCGGUUAUAGAAAAGAGACAACGGGCGCUGGGAACGAGGUUGUAUAUUUGUAUCAAUUCUAAUAAUAGCGUUAUAACAAUAUACUAUAUCCGUGGUAUUCAUAUUGUUACUGAUGUAUCGCUAACAUUUGUCAUUCUUCCUCUUCUUCUUCUUCUUCUUUUUUCCUUCUUCUUCUAAAAGGCCUAAGCACGAAGUUUGUUGUACGUGAUCACGUAAUUUUGCCAUGACUUCCAGUUAAAAAUUCAAGCAAUGUCAGAAUGUCAUUUUUGACAGGAAAUACAUGCAAGAAACCAUCACAACAUGCUUCCUCACUUGAAGUUCAUGAAAAGGUUUUAAUUCAUAACUGCGACAGCAAGACUCAAAAUAUUUCUUUGUGUAAUUAAGCGCAGCUGAUUUUGAAGAACUUACAAUUGACCAAUAUUUUCUUUUGUCGCAGGUGUAAGCCUGUUACCAUGGUAGCAAAAAAUCUCCAUCCAUAUGCUAUUUUGUUGACUCUAAGCAUAUAAGAAGUGAAGUAUUUCAUACUAUCAUCUCAGAUGGAGUGUUAAAAAGACGACUUGUAUUGACAUAGCCAUAUAGAAUGCAUUUCUUCGAACAGAAUAUGUUUGUGGUCCGAUGCUAGACGAAGAUAAAAUAUACUCAAAACACCAAUAUAUAUAUAUAUUUAAAUUCAUGCGAGACGAAAUUUCAUAGCGUUAUUAUAUUGGAAAUAGGUUGAAUUUUCUAAAAUAAAUAAGAAUUCUAAACGCUUUUUUAUUAUGGCAUCGGUUAUGGCAGAGCAGAAAAGUAUAAAUCAUGAAAUUGGGAAGUGUCAUCAUAAGUCAAGUGGAAUCGAAAAUCGCCAAUUGAAUAAAAGUUGUGAAACUUGUCAGUUCGAACCUUGUAUCAUAUGUAACAUGAACCAACGAAAAGUUACUGAAAUUGAACAAAAACAAGUUCUCUUGCAAGAUAAAGAUUUGAAAGCAGAAUGCUAUUAUGGAGAUAAAGAACUAGAGUUAGACAGUGAUUAUAGAGAUAAAACUGAAUUUAAAUCUUUUGUUGAAAUUCCUUUAAAAGAAAGAAUUAGUGAUGACGAUACUUCAGUACUAAAUGGUGAAACGGCGCUUCAAGAAGAAACACGUAUAGAUAUUAUCACAGAAAAUAAUAAUAACACAGUAUUAUUACAACAAACACGUUCGUGCAGCUCUCACACAGACUCAGAAAAAAAUAAUGUCUCUCAGAAUAUAAAAAGCGUGCAGCCUUCCAUUGAAAUCUUUGAUACUGUUUCGCUGUCUGAACCGUGUUGUCGAGUAUGUCAGUGUGACGAUGAAGAAGAAAAACUGAUUAGUCCAUGUUAUUGUUCUGGUUCCGUGAAGUGGGUGCACGAAAGUUGUCUUAUUAAAUGGAUGAAAAGUUCUUGUAAAGAUUCGUGUGAAUUAUGUAGAAAACACAUCGAUAUUGCAAAGCGAAGGAGACCGAUAUCAAAGUGGAAACUUCCAUCACAACGGCCGACACCUGUGUUAUGGGUAUUUGUCUUUGUCACGGCAAUCGCGUUGAAUUUGGCGUCGGUCAUUAAAGAUGCGUCCCGUUUAUGCUCGUCAACGCCGUGUUUAGUUUUCUACGCCGUUGGUUGCAUCGGCGUCAUUUUGGGAACGUUGUUUCUUGUUUAUUGGACUAAGCGAGCCCGAACGUUUAUAAACCACUGGGUUGAACUGAACGAAGAAUGGGUUGUUUUGUCUGGAAAGAAGGAUAAGCGAGACGAACUCGUAAAUCAUGGAAACAGUAGUAAGCAAGUUCUAAAAACAGAAGCAACGCAGUAUGUGUGAACCCGGUCAAUAGAAUAUUACUUGUUUAUCUGAGAUAAACUCCAAUUUAUUAACCUCUUCCCCCGGACUUUCUUCGUGGAAUGGGCUUUUAAAUGCAACCUUGCAUUUCAUGUUCUCCAUCUGGGAUGCUAUUCUUUGCGCUAGCAGUAUUUUAAAUUCAGGCAAUUUAGGUUUUUGUGAACGAGUUAAAAACCCGAACCGAAUGACAAUAUUUAAAGUUCAUCUUCCUCCUCAGUUCAAUGAUUUGUUCUCCUUUUAAGCGUAUACCUAGUUAUAAUAAAAGAAAAGAUCCUGGGGAAGAGGUUGUAAAUUAUAAAUCCACGUAAAUAAAAGUGUUGAUCAAAAAAUUGUUUUUCGCGCUUUUAGUGACAAUAGUUGGCUUACUUUCCCAUAUUUUAAAGUAACUUAAAAAGAGACCUAAAAAGAGAUCCUUUUUUUCUCUACAUUGCUAUAUGGCUCCACUUAAAAAUAUAUACUCUAAGAUGUGACGUCAAACGUUUACACAACUUAGUGUCCAGGCGAUGCUUAGUAGUGUAAGUACGAAGCCCCUGAGCCGUUAUUAUGGAACGGCUCUGGAAACGAGAUUGGGAUUAAUGGACUGUUUUAUUAAUACAUUUUUGUACUUUUUAAUAUAUUUAUUUGAAUUAAAUGUGUAAUAUAUAAGUUUUAGUUGUAAA